UUUUAGACGUGCUUUAAGUAAGAGUUUAUUUGCUAGCUGUGAGUUAUCUAGGAACAGCAGUCGCUAACCAACAGGCAAAAGAUCAUCAUGGCGCACUUUAUGUUAAGCUCAGUGUUUUUGGUUCUGUUUCUGAGUCUGGUGAAUUCGUCACCCACAACUUCAGUUACCAAGUUCGUGCCGCCCAUUAACGAUAAUGGAGUUGUGCUGGUGCCAUCUGAGAAAAAGUAUUCCCUGAGGAUUGACCUCGAUGGCUCGACGCGGGAUGAGAUUGUUGAACAGAUUGCUCCAGAUCUGCUUCAAGUUAAGGGCACUUUUUUCCAGCGUUUUCCCGGAUCCAUAAACCUGCUGGUCACCUACGAAGCUGGUCCCAAUGGAUAUGUCGCCAAGUAUAGCCUAUCUAGACAAUCUUAUUUGACCCCGGCUCAGCAAUUACAACCGAUUGUGUUAAAAACUGCAGCUGGAUAAAAUUGAUGUUGAUGGUCCAAAUAAACUUUUUAUAACGCGCAAUAAAA